GGCUGCGAUUUUUCAUCUAUUUUAGAGGCCAUCAAGACUAUGAACUGGAAGCUGACACUCAGGAAGAGAAACAGAAGAUGUGCCGGUUAUUGUGCCUGAUUGUGGAAAACAACAAGUCCUCAGCCAAGGGUCGUGUUCUUACCCAAGCAGACUUAAGAGGAACACUGAGACGCUGUCAACAAGUUAUCAAGGAAGGAUUUUUGGAGAAGAAGAAUCACAAUCUGUACACCACAUACACAAGGAGAUGGAUUCGAAUACGAGAAGGUGAAUUGUCCUACUAUAAGCCAGAUGAUGACAAUCAGCAAGCUUUGAAUAUACUGCAACUGUCAGAUGAUGUAACCAUUGUAAAGAAACUCAACUUUAAUGGUUUUAGCAUUGCAACACGGAAGAAGGUCUACUUUUUUCGCAUCAUUCCAAGUGCAAAUGUAUCAGCAGCAGACAUUGAAAAAGAGAGGGACGAGUGGUUCAAGGCUAUCCGUUUUGCCUGUGGAGACAGAAGAGAUUCAGUGGCAAUCUUUGUGACAGAUGAAACGUUGCACAAAAAUUCCUUGGCAGCAUCAGCUGAGAGUAAACCCACUAGCGAAAGUUUUUAUCAAGCCAUGAGACACUUUCAGGAGGAAUUAGAGAGGCUUUCCUUAGUUAUCAACAGUUUGGAUGAAAGAGGUGAUGCAACGAAAGCCUUGCUACAGCUCCAGCAGAAAGCAAAAGUGAUUGAGACAAUGUUUUCUCAAAUAAGACCCUCAUCAGAUACAAGUUGCAGCGGUAUUUCUACAUCAGUGGACACAGAAACUUCCUCUCAUCUGGACCAGGCAAGCACUGUCACUCUGGAGACUGGUGAACAGAGUUACGAUGAACCACUCCCACUGCUGAUUAAAUCAGACCGUCACUCCCUCAUCAUUAGCAACAAUUGGGUGCUUCACAACGGCUGCAGUGCUGGAUUGAUGAAUGGAAAUUCUGUAAUUGUUGAUCCAUCAGAACCAAACUCUGAAAAUCACAGCGGAAAUGACACCCAUUCUACCGACAGUCUUGAACAAAGGACAGACAUGAUUGUCAAUGGCAUAACAAGUUGUUCGUCAAGUAGCCUGUCAGCAGUGUUUGAGUCUUUUAUUCCUCCCCCUCCGGCACCACCACCUCCACCAGAAAUGGUUGCACCCAUAACAAGGAAAUUUGAAGUCACCUCUAAAGUGAAAAUGCGACCAUUUCACUGGAACAAAGUGUCAGCCCUCAUGAUAAAAAAAUCUAUCUGGCAAAAUGCAAGAGACCUUACUGGGAAGGUAGAUACAGAGUUUCUCCAGCAAAUGUAUUCGCAGAAGUCAGAACAUAACAUUCCAGAGGCAGUUGAGAAAGUUGAAACAUCAAAGAGGAAACUGAAGACCUUUUUGGACCCAAAAGUUGCUCAGAAUCUUGGAAUAUUUCUUGCUGGCUUUAAAAUGGAUGCUGAAGAGUUGAAGUUCAGAUUGGCAAUUCUUUCAGAAAAAGACGGAGGACUCAGUGCUGAACAAAUUAAUAUGUUAAGACGGUAUUACCCAACAGCUGAAGACAUGGAAACGUACAAAAAAUUUAAAGAAAGGCAGGCUGAGCUUGAAAAUGCCGACCAGUUUAUGCUGCAGCUGUGUGAGAUUCCUCAUCUCAAAACAAAGUUGGAUGUGCUGAUGGUUGUCAAUGAACUCCCUGUUCAGUACGAAGACCUUGCUCCGACAAUUGACAAGGUUCAUGAUGCCAGCAAACUGCUUUGCACAAGUGAGAAGUUUGUGUCAAUCCUUGAACAUGUUCUCGCUGUUGGAAAUUUCAUCAACAGUGGGUCAGCCCAAGGGGUCUCCAUGGGCUUCAGACUGACUUCAUUACCAAAGUUAGCAGAUUGCAGGGGGAGAGACAAGACAUGCACACUUUUAAAGUAUGUUGUUCAGCAGAUCUACAAGGAGAGCCCCGAACUUCUUACCUUUGUAGAUGAAUUUACACCCAUGACUCAACUCUUUGAUGUGUCUGUCAAGGCACUGGAAGCUGAAGUUGAAGUGAUGAAGCGAGACCUGAACAACAUCAAGAAGAACAUGACAAUCCUUGCAAAAGUGGAAAACCCAUCUGAAAGAGAUGUUUCAUUCUUUGAUGAUGUUGCAGCAUUUGUCGAGCAGUAUGAACUGAAAGUUACAUCACUGCAAAAAAAAAGUGAAGCAAUGAAAUUUCUUUAUGAACAAAUGUUGGAGAGAUUUGCUGAGCCUCGAGGGAUAGACUCAAGUGAUAUUUUUACUGCAAUCGGCAAUUUCGUGAAAUCUUUCAAACGGGAAAUGGAUCUCAUACUUGCUGCAUCUGGGCUUGGAAGGAGAAUGUCCAAGAUGAAGGUGAACCAGUCAUACCUAAAAAAAGAUGAUAAGGCACACAUCGAAAGAGGAGCUCAAUUCUCAUCUUGUAAUGGAGAUACUGAGAAGAAAAUCAAUGGGGAACCCAUAGAUGACUCACCUUCCAAUCAUGUUGCUGCUUUGAGGAAAGCAUUCAGUUCAGGUGACAACAAGCCUUACAGUAAGCAGGGGCGAGAACUGCUUAAGGCAUUUCAGAAUAAGAAGCAAGAAAGAAGGCAUAUUUGGAACCCAACCAAAGAAGGCUACUUGGAAAAACUGAGCAAUACUAAGAGCCCUCUCACCUCAUCAUGGAAUAGACGUUUUUUUGAGCUUACAGCCAAAGGACACCUGUAUUACAGCAAGCGCAAGAAUGAAAAAAAUGUGGAGUCCAUCUAUUUGCGUGGUGUCCCUGUUGCACUAGAGGAUGAUAAAACACUGAUUUUACAAACUGAAGAAAGAUGCUAUAAGCUACGGGCUAACUCUCACAAAGAAGCACAGGAAUGGCUGGAAUGUAUUCUUUUUUAUACACACAAACCAGCUAGUUUUCCUAAACGUUCGCUUACACCGAAGUCGUUUGAAGUGCAGUAAAACAUUAUAGUUAUUCCACUUCAAUAGAAUGAACCAACUUUGAAUUCCUCUUUGGAAACAGACAGAAACAUAUGGCAUUUCCUUUUUUUCCUAGUGAGUGUAAAAUCAACUUUUAUCUGAAAUAUAUAUAAUUAUAUUUAUAAUUGUAAAAAUGUUUUGUAUUUUAUGAGUGUGUUUCAUUUACUUAUCUUUUAAUCAGAAGUGUCAUUGGGUUUCUAUGUGAACAAUAGUGAGCCAAAGUGUAUCUUUUAUGUUUGUCUUUUCAAAACAUUUGACAAUUUCUCUAAUUAGGCGCUAUUCCUUUUAAUUCCAUGUGAAGUUGGUACAUGUUGUAAUUUGAAUAUUAUGAGAGGGUCCCUGACCAGGUGGGCUUUACCGAUACGCAACAUCAGAUGCUCUGUAGUCAAAAACAAAAAAAUCUUACAAUAGACGGGGUAAACAUUAACAGAAGUAUUGUUUUUUUUUUCAUUGCUGUAGUCUGCAAUUUCAAAUCUGAGUAAAUAGCCAUGUCCAAGUUCAGCCUUUAAAAUAUCAGGAUAUAGAUAGAGACAAGUCAAGAAUAGUAAGUUUAUCACUUUAAACAUCUAGGCUGCUGCACCUAAACUGAGAUGACAGUCUAAUUUUUUUGCAGUCGGUGGAGACCAACCAGUUAAAAUGUUGAACCAAAAAAUUAUUUUCUUUUGAUUAAAAUGAUUAGACAUGUGAAAGAAAUGUAAACUACCCACUCAAGGUUAAACACAUAGGUCCAGCUGAUUGUUCGGGUCGGCCACUGAGUAGUAGGUCAAGCCAUUUCUGAAGAACUAUCCAAGUCUUUGGUCCACAAGAGGAAAAAAAUAAGUAAAUGAUUUUCAUUAGAAUCGUCCGGGAGUUUGUACGUAAAUUGCUUUUCAGUUUUGUAGUAGCACGCACAAGUCACAUGUUAGAUAUACUGGUUUCGAUUCGAUUAGCUUCCAUGGGGCAUUCUCGAGUAAUGGUUGUAUACACUUUCUGCCAAACUAGAAAACUGUAGGGAUGAAUUGGUAAUUUUGAGAGGCCAAAAACUAUUAUGGCGAGCGAAUCUAAAUUUUCUGUGAAAGCUUUUUGGACUUGCUGCGAAUUGAGAGUAUAUUUUUGUGCUUUUUACACGUUUUUGAUGGAAUGAACAUUGAAAUA